AUGGAAAUCGAUGUUAAUCUACGAAAGCCAACAACGGCAAAUGGUUUAGAGCUCAAGACCAUCUCAGCUGGAAGUUAUAGUAAUAACAAUGGUCACAACAGCAAUCUACACAGCCAUCUACACAACAAUAACAACAGCAUUAAUAAUCACCAUCAACAACAUGAGCGCACCACAUCGUCGGACUCAUCAUGUACACAAGCGGCGUCCAACAGUCCACCAUUUGGUUGCUGCGGCAUACUAAGUCGUCUCUUGUGCAGCAGUCAUACACGUGGCAAAACAGCCACAUCUAGUGGUGAUUAUAAUACUUACAACAAUUGUGGCAUAAUGUCGCUUGCAACACAGCCGUCUGGCAACAAUGGCCAUGCAACAGCAGCCUCAGCAACAUUGGUGCCCCCUCAUAAUUCCUCGUACAUGAAUCUGUUGAAAAAGAAUCACACACAUCGUCGCACGCCCCAAGAGAUUUAUUUCGAGAGUCGGGGUAAAUCUUGCAAGAAAUUAUUGAAAUUCAAUGGAAACUCCAAUAAGAUAUUACUUUACCCUGAAGAGGGAUGGGCACGUACAGCUUCCUCAUCGUAUUGGACCAUAACGCCCUGUUGGUGGCAACCCAACCGUUGUCGCAUUGAAGAAUUUGCUGGCACUCAACGUCAGGUUACCAAAGCCAAAAUGGUGCCACUUGAGCAAAAAGGCUCUUUGCUAAUAGUUGGUCAUUUUCGCAGUAAAAAUUCAUCAUCGUCAUCAUCAGCAUCCUCGAUGUCUGCAUCAUCGACAACAGCAGCAGCGGCGGCAGCAGCAGCAGCAUCAUCAUCGUCAUCUUCAACUACGACAUCGACAACCACAACAUUGUGCUCGCCACUGGCAUCGUCAAAGGAUAAUGAUGAAUUUAAAUUGUAUUUAAGUUCAAACAUUUCUAUGGAAGACUAUAAUAUGGGUUACUGUCUGACGGGUUUCGUUGAGCGACGAUGUCAGCAAACGAAUACAUUUCAAAUGACACAUUUUGCUGUCAUUAAACGUCAAUGGCCGUCCUUAGCGCAAAAUAAUAAAAACACUAAAACCAGCAGCGGCAACAGUAGUUGGACGAGCGGCAGCGGUAGUGGGGGCAAUGCUGCUGCAAAGUCAACGUAAUUAUAGUAUUUAAAUAGGGAUUUUAUUUACAUAUUUAUUGGUUUAACUGUGAAAUGUACA